AACAACUCACACUUGGUUGGUCUCAGUUUGAUGCCGUGUUCUCUCAUGCGACUGAGAACUUGUCUGAGGUGGUGUAUAUGAUCCUCAAAGGACGUUGAGUAACACAACACAUCGUCGAGGUAUGGAGCACAGCAUUCAUCUCGAAUAUCUUCCAGCACACCCUCAAUACACCUCUGGAAAGCCGCAGGUGCGUUCGUCAAGCCAAAUGGUAUCCAUGGCACCGCUGCUUGGGCUAACCUGUGCGGCACACGUGUAUGUAUCACUCUCUGACUUUGCUGGCUGCCUAGCCGGGGGAAACAAAUUGACUGGUUUGCUGUCAACAAUUUCUUCUAUACAGCCUAAGACUGUCCUUGGUGGCAGGAAGAUGUCAUGCUUGGUGGAGUUGCAGAUGGGGAUUUUCACAGCUUUGGAGGCACCACAGGGCACAUCAACUAACGCAGGAAACAGCUGUAGUCUCUCCGAUAAAUCGUGUCCUGCUGGAUGGAGGAUUUUCUUGUGUUCCUGUUAUCUGCUCUCCAGUAAGACUGCUUCUUGGACUGAAGGCAGACAAGACUGCAGAAACAGAGGAGCAGAUCUGGUUGUCAUAGACAGUGCUGAAGAACAGAAAUUCCUCUCUGACUUAACCACGGUACAAACGAGUUGGAUUGGUCUGACUGAUAGGGAAAUGGAGAGGAGCUGGAAAUGGAUUGAUGGAACUCCACUGACUCUGAGUUAUUGGAUGGCAGCGCAGCCUGAUAAUGGUAAUGGAGAUCCAGAGUGGGGUGAGGAGGACUGUGCCCAACUCAAACCUGGAGAAAACUGGAAAAACAACUGGAACGAUCUGUCAUGUUCUACUUCUCUGCGAUGGAUCUGUGAGAAAGAGGCUUAGCAUUGGUGUAAAAGCAUAUGUACAUGCUUUUACAAACUAAGCUAUGAUUUUACAAAAAGCCUUUGGGAUUGAGUGUCCUUUCAAGUUUGUGUGUGUAAAAGAGAGAGGAGUGUAUUAUUAUAGUUAAUUCUCAUCACAGUUCAUCAUCCUUGAAGAACAUAUUUCUGUGUUGACUUCUCUGCAGCAGGCUGAGGAUCCUCUUGUUCAUGUUCAAAUUCAAGACUCAAAGUUUCUGCCAGGCAUCCAAAAGUGCAUUAUUUACAGUACCAAUAUGAUCUCCUGCUCUUCUUAGUUGGUGCUUAUGAUCUUUAAUGACGAUGACAGACUUUGAAGUUUGCUUCUGCUCUGCACUUUAAAAGAUAUUCCUGUAACUUGUUUUUACAUAAGAUGAUUGCCCCUUAUGGUACAAGAACUUCAGAAACGUAUUGUUACAAAUUUGGGAGAACUUUUUUCCCCAUUUCUUUCUUGUCACAUAAACUCACCAACUAGCUGAUGUUCCAAACAACAAUGAGAGGAAGACAAACAGGUUUAUAAAAACAUUUAAUUAGUGCUUUAUCUAAAGAUUUCAUGAUAGGUUGAGAUAAUUUCUUAUGGCAUCAGUCUUGUUUAAAAGUUUAGUUUGAAAGCUAUACAAUGAUAGCACAUUAAAAUAAAUCAUGCAGCAGAUACAAGACAGUCUCUUACAAACAUAGGGCAGUGUUCUUAGUUGCAUGUAGUUUGCCAAUUGUUGUGAUGUUCUUUGUGAUGGUGAAAGCUGUUAGCAAAACGUCUUUUUUGUUCACAUUUUAUUGUGUUUUCUAUUUAUGCUUCUUGAUUUGCAGUAUGUUUACUUUCUUUAUAUUUUCUACUUAACUCUGUUUAUUUCUAUGCAGCAAUAUACCAAGGCAAUUUCCUUAUGAAAUUCUGGUUCUGUAAUCAUGUAAAGCUUUUAAAAAUUAUUCUCAAGUGUC